CGUAGAGGUAACACGUGACUCAAAGAGUUUGUUCCGGUUUCAUGAACUCUGUGUGAGUGUGUGCGAUUUUUUUUUGAGGAAAGUCGCGGUGAUAGACACGACUACGGGAGGACCGAGGGGGAUGAAGUGAUUUUUGGGGGGGUCUCGGCGUGAGGACACCUGUGUUUUGUUGUUAUUGUUGUUGUUCGCGGGAAAAAAAAUGGUGACGACGAGGACUGUUGUUGUGGACCGGCUCGUACGAUAGGAUUGGCGAAACUGGCAGAGCUGGAGGAAAGACUACUUAUGCAGCCGACGACUGCAGCCAAUCUGCCGCCUCCCGGGGGUGAUAUGGACCUGCAGACCAUGCAGAGUAUGGAGUGGCUGUUUAAGAAGGAGAGGAUUUACCUUUUGGCGCAGUUCUGGCAGCAGCGGGCGACGCUGGCAGAAAAGGAAGUGACGACGCUCAAAGAACAACUAUCGAACAACCCGGCCACGAUCAACUGCGAAAACAAAGACACAUCGAACAUGGACAGGCAUCAGGCCUUCGAGAACGAAAUCGCUACCAAAGAUAAAGAGAUAAACCAGUUACUAGAAGAAGUCCAAAGAUUGCAAGGGUGCAUCGCGAAGUUCCAGGACGAGCUGGAACAGAAACGGCAGCACAUAGCGCGACUCGAGACGCGGCUCGAAGCCCAAAAAGACUACGAGGACCUGAAGAGACAAAUCGGGAUUCUCACGUCGGACCUGUCGAACAAUCCGGACGCAAAAAACAUCGAGCUGCUGCUGGAGAAGUCGAAAAUCCAGGAGCGCAGAGACAAGAGCCCGUCCAGGGAAAGCGAAGGGGUGGCGGCGGAACACCACCAGCACAUCCAACCCCCCACCACCUUACCCGUGAGUCCCCCCUCCGCGCUGCCGCACCCCUUCCAAAACGUAGACGCGUUCGGCAGUCUAUUGGGUGAAGAGAUCGUCUCCACGUGGCGGAAAAACAUAGAGUCGCACCAAAAAUCACCUUUGAAUUGUGCAGAUGGUAUGACGAAGAGCACGACGCCGCUGACCGCCGUCGAGACGUCGAACGCGGACAAAAGCAGCGCCGCGUCGACUCCCCAACCGAUGGACGCCCAGUACAGCCCCAACGAGAACCUGAUGGUCAACGGUAACCCCAAAAGUCCGCAGGAAGACAACAACAACCACCACGUCAGCAACAACAACAUCCCGUUGGCGGCGACCAUGUGCGCCGUGAACAACUUCCUACGCACCGACGAUACCCUGAAGAGUCCUUAUAGGUUCGACGAGCAUCGAUCUCCUUUCAAGUUCGCCGAGGACUUGGGUAUGGCCCCCGGGUCGAUGGUAGGUAGACUCGGCGAAAGUCUGAUACCUAAAGGCGACCCGAUGGAAGCUAGACUCCAGGAGAUGCUGAGAUACAACAUGGACAAAUACGCGUCGCAGAAUUUAGAUACCCUCCACAUAUCGAGGCGAGUGAGAGAACUGCUGUCCAUCCACAAUAUAGGCCAAAGGCUGUUCGCCAAGUACAUCUUGGGACUGUCCCAGGGCACCGUCUCCGAGUUGCUGUCUAAGCCCAAGCCAUGGGACAAGCUCACCGAAAAGGGGAGGGAUAGUUAUAGGAAGAUGCACGCGUGGGCCUGCGACGAGAACGCCAUCAUGCUGCUGAAAUCGCUCAUACCAAAGAAAGAUAAUUUUUCCUCCCCAGGGAAGGACGGUUCCGUGCCGUUCGGUCGCCCGGAGAACGACAUGACGGAGGAACGGUUAGCCCACAUCCUAAACGAGGCCAACCAGUUCCAGCAGAUCAAAACCGAAGACUCGCAUUCGAACGAGGACUCGAAAUCGCCACACGGAUGCCCGAGUCCGUUCUCCAAAGACUCGUCGCUGAACAAGAGACUGAAAAAGUACGAGAACGACGACAUCUCGCAGGAAAAAGUCGUGCGCAUAUAUCAGGAGGAACUGGCCAAGUUGAUGAGUAGACGUAUGGACGACAUGCGGAGCCCGAGGGACGGGUUCCCGGGGGGUAUGUUUCUCCCGCCUUUCUUCAGCAACGUGCCGAUAGAUCGAUCCGAUGAAAUACGCAUGGCUUUGGACGCCUACCAUCGCGAACUGGCCAAACUCAACCAAAGCCAGUCGCCCGCGAGCCAAAUGCCGUUAGGGUUAUUGGCCCUUCAGCAGCAAGCGUUAGCUCAACACCAACACCAGCAGAGUCAACCGGUGCCGUCCAACGGGGGCGUCCAGGACUUGUCCCUACCCAAAGACAAGAUGAAAAUGAUCAACGGACUACCGGAGGAUAAAGAAAAGGACGAUGACGCGGUCUCGCGACAUUCCGGCAGCGCUUUCAGCCUCGUCCGGCCUAAGAUCGAGCCUGGCACUCAACCGAACGCGAACUCUUCCGCUUCCAGCCCGUUGGGCAACGCGAUCCUUCCCCCUAUGACCCCGACGGGGGACGAUUUCACCGGUUCGGCUGCCGCGAGUCCUUUGCAGCGGAUGGCGAGCAUUACCAACUCGUUAAUAUCGCAACCGCCCACUCAACCCCACCACUCGACGCCCCAGAGACCUCUAAAGGCGGUUCUGCCUCCUAUAACGCAGCAACAGUUCGACCUCUACAACAACCUAAACACCGAAGAUAUCGUGAAGAAAGUCAAAGAGCAACUGAGCCAGUACUCGAUAUCGCAACGGCUCUUCGGCGAGAGCGUCCUCGGACUGAGUCAGGGCUCGGUCAGCGACUUGCUCGCCAGGCCCAAACCGUGGCACAUGUUAACUCAGAAAGGUCGCGAGCCUUUCAUCAGGAUGAAGAUGUUCCUGGAGGACGAUAACGCGGUACACAAACUGGUCGCGUCUCAGUACAAGAUCGCUCCUGAGAAGCUGAUGAGGACCGGCGGUUACGGUAACGCUUGCGCGACGCCUAUCGGAAAACCGAUGCCGCCGACCAAUAAGAUGCUCAGCGAGGCUGCCGGUCUGCUCAACAAGAUGCAGCAGGAGUCGCAGAACAUGCUGCCGGCGUCGCUGCAACUAGGUCCUCCUCAGGGCGCACCUCAGCCGCCUCCACCCCCGAUGCUUCUGACGCCGCCCGGCUUGCCACCCCACCACGCGAUCGGUCUUCAGAACCAGGACCUAUUGAAAAAGUCCGCUUCCCACGGGAUCCCUCCGAUGGGUGGUCACCAGACCGCGAUGAGAGCCAUGCACCAACACGUCAGCCCCAGCGUUUACGAGAUGGCGGCGCUCACCCAAGACCUCGAUACCCAAGUAAUCACGACGAAAAUUAAGGAAGCGUUAUUGGCGAACAAUAUCGGCCAGAAGAUAUUCGGCGAAGCGGUACUCGGUCUGUCUCAGGGUUCCGUUUCGGAGCUCCUGUCAAAACCCAAACCGUGGCACAUGCUUUCUAUCAAAGGCAGAGAACCGUUCAUUCGAAUGCAGUUGUGGCUCCAGGACACCCAUAACGUCGACCGGCUGCAAGCGUUGAAAAACGAACGACGAGAAGCGAACAAGAGAAGACGCAGUUCGGGUCCGGGACACGACAACUCGUCGGACACGUCGAGCAACGACACCUCCGAGUUCUACCACUCGAACAGUCCCGGACCGCAAGGACCGGCGAGCGCGAAGAAGCAACGCGUGCUCUUCAGCGAAGAGCAAAAAGAAGCACUCAGACUCGCGUUCGCUUUGGAUCCGUAUCCGAACGUCGCGACGAUCGAGUUCCUUGCGCAGGAGUUGAGUCUGAGCAGCAGGACGAUCACCAAUUGGUUCCACAACCAUCGGAUGAGACUUAAACAACAAGUACCGCACGGUAUGGGUUCAGAUCUGCCUCCCAGAGAUCAGAACUCCGCUCAGCAACCCUUUGAUCCGAGCCAGUUUCGUUUGUUACUCAAUCAGAGGCUAGUCGAGCUUAGCAAAGAACGUAUGGGUUUGAGCGGGGUGCCGUUACCUUAUCCUCCGUACCUGGCGGCCAACACUAGCCUGGCGGCGUUGAUUUCAAGGGGUUUACUGCCUACCGGCGAUCUAUCCGACCUCUCGGCCCUCAACAACGCGGUCAAAGAGCAGAUGAGCGGCCUCGACUUGUCGAUGCCGUCGUUGAAACGGGAACCCGGCGAUUUCGACGACGACGACGAUGUCGAGAGCAACGUCGGGUCGGAGGACUCGAACAUGUCGGGCAGUUUGCACGGCGGCGGUGAAGCGAAAAACGAGACCAAAGAAUCUUCCGUGGCUUCUAGUCAGCAGAGCCAGGGGAGGUCAUCGCGAAGGAAACCCGCGGCACCUAUGUGGGUGAACCCCAAUUGGGAAGAAGAGAAGCAACAGGGGAAGAGGGACCUGACGAAUCCCGACGAAGUGAUCAUUAACGGAGUGUGCGUGAUGCAGACCGAGGAUAAUUACGGGAACAGGAGAGGGGCCGAAGAGACGGUGCGCGUCGAACCUCAAGCGGUUAUGGACAGGUUCGAUGACGAUCGUAGUGAGACGUCAUCGAUAAGCAACGAGGAGCACCACAAAGACGAAGACUUGGAGGAGCAGCAUGAAGAAGAGGACGCGAGCAAGAACGACGACGGCGACGACAAGGUCGUGAAGCGGGAGAGCGAGGAGGAGAGGUGGGAUUACUAGAUUGUUUUUCUUUUUUGUCUGUUGACUUUUCGACUGUUGGUUUAUAUAUAUAUAGAGUGUUGAGGACUCCGGUGCAAUUCGGGAGCGGACCGGUUUUUAAAAAAAAAAAAACCCGUUGUAAGAUAUUUUUAAUUGUAAUUAGUUCUUAAAAGGAGAGGAAAAUGAAAACGAUUCAAGUGCAAUCAUCAUCCACGGAUACGCGAGUAUUUUUUUUCGUUAGGUAUUAUUAUAAAGGAAAGGAUAUUUAUUAAAUGCGACAUUGUGAUUUUUCUGUAAGUACUACUGCGCGUGCGUCUUGCCAAAUUUUUUAUUGAGCGCGUCCGUUUAUUAACCCCCUCCCCCCCCCCCACCCGGUUGAGUUUUUUGAUAAUUUAAGCGAAUUUCUGUAGUUAAUACGAAGACUGUUACCGCGUUAUAAUAAUUAAACGAGAAGCGAAGAAAAAAUGUUUCGAACAUUUUGUGAUAUAAGUACACCGAACGUACGGUUCGCGUUGCGACGGCCAAAAUCGCAAUCCUACGGUACAAAAUAGGACCCACACCCCUCCUCCAUUUUUUUUUACCGCAGACACGCGUUUAUUUAUGUUAAAUUUACGUUACGUUUUAGGCAUAUGUGAUUUUCCUUUUCGUCCGGUUAUCUACUUGCCAACUGUCUCACGAACCUCAUAUCCUCACAGAAAUUUUCGGAUGGAAUCUCGGCGCGAGCCGUUUUGAACAUCAAAACUUGUUUCGAACAUGCCUCAGUGCGACUGGGUGAGGCUUAUCUUGGUUUCCCGAAAAAUAAACAAACUGGAUCUCCACGCACAGAUUUCAUCCUACCGGUGUCAAAAAUCCGCAUAAAGAAUAGUUCUAGUCCGAUAUCAUAGAGGGCAUGAAACACACUUACUUGACUACUACCAUGGCCAGUUCCGAGGACGCGGCAACAUCGGAUAGUGAGCCAAUGUAGCCGCAUCUUCGACCCGAUCUCAAUCAGCUGUUCGGUUUGAAUUCAUCGUCGUUCGCCUAGCUUUAAUUUUUCUCCCAAAUAACUUAGUAAUGUAAACGUUAACAUAUCGUUAUCGAUAAGUGAUCCGUGCGAGGAAAACGAUCAAAAAACAAUUGAAACAUCAAAAUUCGCGUCUGUAGGACAAUUUUAAAGAGUGAGUGUGAGCGAGCGAGAGUGUGAAACGAAAAGUGCAAUAUUAAUUUCGGAUAAAACGCGAGUGAGUGAGCGAAAAAAAAACGUGUUUCUUCCAAAAAUGUACUCAAUGUAACGAAAGGCAUUGUAAAAAAAAUAAAUACGUAAUUUCUGUCUUUGACCGAGGCAAUUAUCCUUAGCAAACAAAAAAAUAAUGUAUAUUAAUGCACAUUUUUAAAUAAAAAAAAAUACAUGCAUGUAGAAUAUAUAGCGAAAUAGAUUUUUGUUUCGUAUAGAAAUUGUUUAACGUUAUGCGGCUUGCGUGUUGCGUCGGACGCGCGGCGACGACGUUGUUUGUUUUGUUUUGCGGAAGCGAAGGCGACGCGCGUUCGAUGCCGGACGCGUAUCCCACCCCCUCCGAGCGACUUGGUGACGUCUUGCCCGUCGAAGUGUCAGUAAAAAAGAGCAUUUUUUUAGGUCUGUAAGAUCUUGUUUUUUAUUAUUAUUAUUAUUUUUACUUGUACAUAAUUAUACCAUAUCAAACAUUAAAAAUUCCUAAAUUAA